AUGGCCGGUGUAAGAAACCUUUUCCUUUUACUUGGUCGCAGCAACAGAGAACUCAAACGUGUGUUAACAACAUGCUUCUUGCUGUGCUUGUCGUUGACUGGCUUUACGUUAUUUUUGACUUAUCAGAAGCCUCAUUUGAAAGACAAGUUGCACAAAUUGGCCGGCAUAUCGUUUUCUAACAACGAACAAAACCUCAAACAAGAUAUAUGCUUUGAUCCUAACGGGCUAAAAUGCGAAAUUAUAAAACAGCAGCGCGAGGAGAAUGUUUGGAAGAAGACAUUUUAUCGGAGAAGAGCGGCGGAUUUUGAAGGCCCCAUUGAAGUCGAUACGUCGGCAGAUGAGAAAAAAUGUCCACAAUUGUACGGAAUUGCACGUGAAAUGUUAAACGGGCUUAAGAUAAAGCUUCCACGCGAAACGAAGAGAACACGAUGGAAAUUUCGCGAGCCGGUUGACUUGAAUAAGUUAAAACAAACGCAUCUUCGCUGGAAUCACCCUUGGAAGCAAGGCGAUUCGAAGAAAACUCGAGAAUUACUUCGACGCUACAAUGUUUCUGCUAAAACGAUAAAGAAGCGAAAGAUUCUGUUAAGUUAUGGACAUAACUGUUGCAACAAUUCGAAAGCCAGAGCGAUAGAACAUGCCGUCAGUGACGCUAAAAUGGAUUACGCCGAAGCAUUGGAUUUGUCGGCCUUGUCUGUGCCAUUUCAAAUUUCACAUCAUGAGCAAUUGCGUAAGCGCAAAGGGGCUGGGUACUGGUUAUGGAAAGCCUAUAUAAUACUCUACGCUUUGCUGUAUAAAUUGCACGAUGGAGAUUUGCUAGUGUAUCACGAUUCUGGAAUGUAUUUUGUCAACGACAUUGGACCACUGCUGAAAGUUUGUGAACACGUGAAACCGAGUAUUUUGACGUUUGCCAUGAACUACGAGGAGCGGUUGUAUUCAAAAAGAGAUGCUUUUAUUCUUACGGAUAUGAACACUCCUAUCGUUUAUGCCAAAGGUCAGACGCAACGGUUAGCUAAUCUUAUAGUUGCUAUGAAAAAUUGCGAGACCAUCCAGUAUUUUAUGGAGUAUCUUGCAUACACUAUGGAUUCUCGCAUUAGCAGUGAUAACGACAAUGUUCUUGGUCAACCAAAUUUUGAAGGUUUUGUAGGGAACAGACACGAUCAAACUGUUCACUCUUUGCUUUCCAAGAAGUGGGGAAUUUUGGAACUGAGGGACCCUUGUACCUGUGGGAGAAAUGAGUUUGACAAGAAUGGGGGGUACGCCUCCGGCCCUUACACGGGACUUUAUGUACACGAUCGAUGGCGAAGCUAAGGAUUUUGGUAAUUAUGUGUAAUUUGCUCAUUUUUGGUUAAUUAGUGUUAAUUAGUGUUAAUUAGUGGUCAUACCAUGUGUGAUGUUGGGUGAGUUUCGAUGUGUAAAGUCCUCGCAUUAAUUUGAAGAAAAUAAGUCAAUUAAUCAUGCAGACGUGGAAAAUCCUUGAAAAUUAGUGCAGAUCUUUGAAAGUCCUGGAAUUUCUUUCAGCUGUGCUAAUAAAACUUGAACAUUAUUUAUAGAAUACUGUAUAACCUUGAC